AUGCAAAAAUUCAAGAUUCCCAACUAUCAGAAUGGCCAUGCCUAUCUGACGUCCCACCGAAUCUGCUAUGUAGCCGCCGAAGAGCCCCGGAAGUACUCCGUCUCGGUCGAGCUCAAGGACGUCGAUCGCGUGGAAUACCAGGCAGGCUUUCUCAAGUCUUCUCCUAAAAUCACGAUAUACCCCAAGCCACAGAAGCAUGGCCUGGGACAGCCGCACGGCACAAAUGCCGGCCCAUUUUCUACCCAAGUCAGCGGUACUUCGCCUGCGCAACCAUCCUCUGCGGCUCUACAAGUUUCACGUGGCGCGUCGCCUGCUCCAAAGCCGGUGAAUGCAACGUGGAUCUGUCCCAUCUGUUCAUUCUCCAACCCAGUUCCCUCCAACUUUGACCCGGCAACAGCUACAGCCUCGACACCGUUGCCACCAUGUCUGGCGUGUGGAAUCAAACCGCAAUUGACGACUAUACUGAAGGCAGCUAUCGCCGCUGCAACGAAUCGAGCACCUUCAGAUGCAACUGAGCGAGACCGGUUACAGACAAAUGCAACCGAGUCUUCGACGGCUCUUCCGGAUUCAGACACUUCAGAGACAUCAUUGGCUUGUCCCAGAUGCACAUUUAACAAUCAUCCGUCUCUCUUGGAGUGUGAGAUCUGUGGAGCCUCUCUUGUGUCCUUGGCUCCUAGAGAUAGGAAGAUUACUAGUGGAGAACGUUCGGAGUCGCCAGCACCCCCUCUCGCUCAGUCGAGUAUAAGCAACACUGAAAUAAAUGAGUGCAUCAAGCUCUCAUUCCGUGGCGGCGGUGAGAAAAUCUUCCAUGAAAGAUUAAAAGGCGCUUUGAUCCAAAGAAAAUGGCUCCUUCAGAACGCUCCUCCGAUCCCGCAACCCUCCCAAUCCCCAGGGCAUGGACCAUCCACGUCUCCUGUGCCACGUGGUUCCGGCCAGUCGACACCUCGACCAUCCGCAGUUGGGAUUGCAGGACUUGAGCAACGGGGAUUGGAGACCCGAAAAAACAACGAGCUGGUGAUUGGCAACGCCUUCGAGGAUCUGGAGGCUCUGAUGGCUUCUGCGAAGGAAGUCGUCGCUCUGGCGGAAACUCUCGCCUCUGAAUCAGGUCUAGCUACUAAUGGAGACUCUGCUGAAGCGAAGGCCGUACUGUCUGAAUCGGCAGCUGCCCUGGGGAUGGUGACUACAAAGGACAUGCUGGGCUCCGGAGCUGAGAAUCUUUACCUGUCUGAACUUUCCCGGAACCUGGCGGAAUAUCUCACCGAUGACCGCAAGGGAAUUCUUCGCAAGGAGGGCGGCAUCAUGAGCCUCAUUGAUCUGUGGGCCGUUUUCAAUCGCAGCCGCAAUGGAGUGGAACUCGUAAGCCCCUCUGAUUUCCAGAAAGCCGCGCAGCUUUGGGAGAAGCUCAAGUUACCGGUCCGUCUCCGCCGUUUCAAGAGCGGUCUUCUAGUCGUCCAGCCGUAUGACUUGAGCGACGAGAAGACGAUCCAGCAGCUCGAGGCCUGGAUGGAGGAGCUCCGGCAGCAGCCUCCAAGCGAACCAGUCCCCUGGGACUGGAGGGUCUAUGGUAGAGGCGUGACGGCCCAGGAGGCAGCCCAGCAUUUUGGUUGGAGCGUAGGAGUUGCUGCCGAAGAGCUCGAGAUGGCUGAGGACCGAGGCGUUCUCUGCAGGGAAGAAGGUAUCGAGGGUGUGCGGUUUUGGAAGAACCACUUCGAUGAUGAUUUCAGCGAUGACAGAAUUGGACAGGCAGUGUCUCUCCUGACGCUGUGA